AAGAGAAACGGAAGAGCAGUUCAGGGACGUCGGGACAUCUGAGUUUUCUCAUAAAAACAGCUACUCCAUUGAAGGACUGCAGUUGUUCACAGUGACAGACUCCAGCUCCCAGCAGGCCAUGCGGCUCCACAUGUGUCUGGGAGCGGUGUACAGCAGUGUGCAGUGGCAGCAGCGUCAUGUCUGUGUUUAUGGAUUUAAACCUGAGCUUCACAGCAGAUAAGCAGCUCCUGCAGUCUGUGAUUGAGACCGCAGCGCACCUCGGUUUCUCCACAGUCGCCAUCAACUACGUGUUUGAACCAACAGCCAAAAAAAAACAGGAGAUUCCCUCUCCAACACCCAUCAAGGAGCUGAUUGAUCAGCUGCCGGUGGUACAGGGUCGGUCUCGUCCAAUCAGGGUGCUGAACAGAUUGACCAUCGUGAUGUCAGACUCCAGUCACUUUAGGCCUAACGCUGCAGAGUAUCGGUGUUUCGACCUGCUCGCCGUCCAGCCGACCACAGAGAAACUCUUCCAUGCAGCCUGUAUGACGUACGAUGUUGACAUCAUCUGUAUCUCAGUGACAGAGAAGCUUCCCUUCUUCUUCAAGAGAGCACCGGUCAACGGGGCUGUGGACAGGGGCGUGGCGUUCGAGGUGUCAUACUCUGCAGCCAUCAGAGACGCCACCAUGAGGCGCUAUACCAUCGCUAACGCCGUCUCUCUGAUGGACACCUGUAAGGGGAAGAAUGUGAUCCUGUCCAGUGCAGCAGAGAAGCCUCUGGAGCUCAGAGGGCCGUAUGACAUCACCAACCUAGGUUUGUUGUUCGGUUUGUCAGACGGAGACGCAAAAGAAGCGGUCUCCUCCACCUGUCGAUCUGUGGUACUACACGCAGAGACGAGGAGGACGGCCUCAGGGAUCAUCUACACCAUGAAGAGCUGCAGUGAAUUGUCCUGCCAGCAGGAGGCUCCACCUGCUGCUGCAGACAGUGAAGCUCCUGCAGCCAAGAGAGCCAAACACCAACUGCCUGAUGACUGACAGCUGAGGAGGGCGGGGCUUCUGGAGUCCACAGACCGACAUCUUUGUACAAACUUUAUUUGUUCUUUAGACACGAGCGUGAGCAGGAAGUGAUUUGUUGUAUGACUUGUUAAAACAAAAACCACACACACUCUCCUCCUCAGGACAUGACCUGAUGGUGUGUGUGUGUGUGUUAGUUUUUCUCCUGGACACCUGUCAUUUGUUUUGGUUAAUAAAAAUUUGAAGACAAAGUGUGGAGUUAAUCAGAAGAACACAGACCUCAGAUCAGUUUUCAGACACGUUUUAUUUUAAAUUGGUAAGCAGGAAAUGAUGUCAUCAAAAAUAGAGCUCUUUACAUUCAGUCAGAUUCAUAAAAAUGCUUCAAUACAAAAAUCGACUUCAUGAAAAUUUUACAAACCAGAAGAUUUCAGUUUGACUGAUUUUCCCUUUAAUUCACGUUGAAUGUUGAGAGGAAGAACACAUUGCUCAUGGUGAUCAUCAGUCCCUCUGACAGUCUGGUCGAUCAAAUCCAUCAAUCAUAAAUAAAUACGCAACUGACUUGA